AUGAAUAUGUUGGAUGAUGAAGAUGACCAAGGCUUUCACGCUACGCGUGACGGCUACCCCCAUUUGAGCGAUGUCGAAUGGGAUGCGGUUGAACGAAUGGGUUCGACCAUGGGCAUCCAUGCUGUUAGCGUCAUGCUAGAGGCUCUCAAUAGAGAUGCCCAACAUGCUACUAUCGCCAAGUUCAUUCAAAAUGAACUUGACGCAGAACGCGAGAAAGUAGCCUUGCUUCACCAACAAGGUUCUCAACAAGCAGAGUUGUUGAGAGAACAGGGUGCUCAACAGUUUGAACUGUUGAGACAGCAGCAGGCUGCUGCUGGUGGGUCGAUGCACUCGCGUCGACCCGAGACUUUGAAGAUUGACAUCUCCAAGGCGCGUCGCAUCGACGACGGGGAUAUGCAAGUUGCAUUUGCCCAGUCAAAUCUGGCAGGACGUGCCAAGACUUGGGCACUGGGGAUCAAGUUGCACGACCCAUAUGCGUUUGGGUCGUUGGAAGUCUUCAAGUCGCGGCUCAGACAAACGUUUGAACCGCCUAGAGCUGAGUUCAGGGCUCGAACCGAACUCUUGAAGCUCAAGCAGGGUAAGCGUGAUGUGCACGCUUACGCUCAACACAUACGACAUCUCACGAGUUGUAUAAGCUCCAAUCCGGUGGAUGAACACACGUUGGUUUCGGUGUUCAUGCAGGGUCUUGCGGAUGGUCCCGUCAAGACUCACCUGUUCCGGCUUGAACUAGAUUCACUAGAACAAGCCAUUUCCAUUGCGGAGCAGGAAGACUUCAGUCUGAGACAGGCUCGCGCCAGCUCGACAUCAUAUCGUCAACCGAGACGAUAUGACAACGGAGGUCCAGAGCCGAUGGAACCCUGUUAUGUAGAGAGCGAGAAGGCUCGCUCUACAGGCUACAAGAAGUUGCAGAGAUGCAACAGAUGUCAAAAGACAGGACACUACGCUUACGAGUGUAGUGCCCCUCGUCCAGUGUCUCGCGACACUGGGCGUAGUGACCGUCCACCCAUGAGAAAGGGGCAGGGACGAGGGUCCGCAGUUGGUGCAACGACGCAACAACGGGAUGGACCGUCAAAAAACGGACAGGAUCAGUAG